AGAAUCUCCUCACCUGGUGCCAUUAAGAAGGCUAGGAUUGUGUAUAUAUCUCAAGGAAGAUUAGUCAAAGUCUUCACUGCGCUAUCAUCAGUUUAAACAGAAAGCUGUGGUAACCGGUUCCGGUUAAUAAAGAAAGAAAAUGUACUGUGCCAUCAUUGUUUUGUGCCUGUUGGCAGCCGCCCAGGCUGACUCGCAGUACAAGAAUCCAAAUACUGCUGGGGGACGAACUGCCAUGGUUCAUCUCUUUGAGUGGCCCUGGAGAUCUAUCGCAAGGGAAUGUGAAGACUUCCUGGGCCCCCACAGUUUUGGUGGCGUCCAGAUUUCUCCUCCUCAUGAGCACCGCAUCCUCUACGACACAAACAUACAGCGUCCAUGGUACGAGGCCUACCAACCUGUCAGCUACAAGCUCGUGAGUCGUCGUGGUAACCGGGCAGAGUUCAUUGACAUGGUACAGCGUUGUAAUAAUGCCGGAGUGAGGAUCUAUGUGGAUGCUGUUGUUAAUCAUAUGUGCGGUGGAGAUGCCGGGGUUGGUAAAGGCUAUGGCGACAGUGCCUACGACACCGACGCAUAUGCCUUCGCCGAAGUGCCCUACGAUAUCAGUCACUUCAACGUUCCUCAGGGAUAUGAGCAAUGUCCCACUGGUGGACCCAUUAACACAUACAACAGUGCACAAAUCGUACGCAACUGUAAUCUUGAAGGGCUUCUAGACCUGGAUCAUUCACAGGGGUACGUCCGAGACAGAAUUGUAGAUUACUUCAAUGAUGUAAUUAAUAUUGGGGUCGCUGGGUUCCGUGUUGAUGCUUCCAAGCACAUGUGGCCUGAUAACAUUCAGGCAAUCUUUGACAUGACUGAUAACCUGAACACUGCCUACUUCCCUGGGAACACCCGACCUUUCUUCUACCAGGAGGUGAUUGACCAGGAUACCGGGGAAGCUGUGACCGCUGCCGAAUAUAUCAAUAUUGCUAGAGUCACAGACUUUAUCUAUGGAAGGGAAGUCAGUGAGACUUUCAAGGGUUACAAGUCCCUCGAUAGUUUGUCAAGCUUUGGUAUACAUUGGGGAGUUAAGAUUAGUGAUGAAACUGCUGUUGUGUUCAUUGAUAACCAUGACAACCAACGUGGACAUGGUGGUGGUGGCAAUGUUCUGAUGUAUAAAAACCAAGAAGAUUACAAGUUGGCUAUUGCCUUUAUGCUGUCAUGGCCACAUGGUUUCCCACGUAUCAUGAGCAGCUAUAAGUUUGAUCAGCAGUGGACUGGACCUCCUGCCGAUAACGAUUGGAACACCGAAGAACCAACCUUCAAUGCUGAUGGAUCUUGUGUAUCAACUGAUUCAUAUGGUUGGGUCUGUGAACAUCGCUGGAGGGGUAUCAAGAACAUGGUGGAGUGGCGUAACCAAGCCGGUACUGAGCCUGUUCAGAACUUCUGGGGUGAUUACAGUAGGUUGGCUUUCUCCCGAGGUAAUCGUGCUUUCAUUGCUAUUGGUCGUGGUGGUUCAUCCAUCAAUGAGAGACUUCAAACUGGUCUCCCUUCUGGCGAGUACUGUAACAUGGCUGUGGUGGAUUAUGAUUCAAGUGCUCGAUCUUGUACUGGUCAUAGCACUGUGAAUGUGGAUUCUUCUGGUUAUGCUGACAUCUCCAUCAGUGGCAACAGUGGAGAUAACCUGCUGUUCAUCCAUGUUGGUGCCUCGAAGGAUGGACCCAUUGUAGCUCCCACCUCUGGCCCAGGUGAACCAACCCUAGUCCCAACCCAAGGACCAACUGGAGGACCCCAACCAACCUCCCCAGCUGGAUGGGAGCGCACUGUUGUUUUCAUCUACAAGCCCACGUCAAACGGACAAGAUGUCUUUGUUCGUGGUGGUAUUGACCAUUCUAAACGUAGCGGGUGCAGCAACAAUGCAGACAGCAACAACAACUGUGCCAUGCCUAUCACCCACAGAAUUGGAGGAGGUAACUCCAAAUUCAAUGACUGGAAAUCCGGUGAUGAUUUCUUAGAUUGGUACGGAGCAGAAUCUGAUCAAGGUAAGAAUCAAGGACAGUCUGCAGAGGGUACUCCCUUGGUCUGGACAACCAAUGAUGCUGGCUACCAGCAUAAAGUGGAUACCGAUGGGUAUGGCUACACCAGUCUUAACGUAUGGGGAGAACACUACUGGAUGCUGGAUAUCAACAUGGACUGCAGCAAGACUGAAGAAGGAUGGUUUGAGCUCAAGGGUAUAGUGAAAACCGGUGGUGCUGAAUGGGAGAGUGACCGCAAUCAGGGAUCCUGCAGUGGCAGCGCAGGUGGCAGUGCCCCAUAUUCCACAGGCAAUCACUUUGCUCGAUGUGGAUAUCUCAACAAGUUCUCCUUCGACAGCAAUGAAUGCCAGAUUGAUAACUUGUAAUCAUCUUUAUAGGCAACUCUGUUCUAUUCUGUCUUCUGUGUGCAAUAAUGCUUUAUAACAGUAAUGACUUAAGUGUUGAUUAAAAUUUCAAGAGCCUUGAUAUCUAAAAGAUUGGAUCAACGACAGUAUCUUAAUCCAUUUUGACUGAACAGAAACAGAAUCAGCUCAUACAAUGAUGAAUCAAUCUAAAUAAUUUUUUGACAGCUUGUUUCUCAAAACUUUGAUCAAAGGAAAUUACAAAAAUAAAGGUAGUUUGUAAAUGUCAAUGACACAAUGAGAUGAAGUUAUCUAUAUGCCAAUGAUAACAAGGGAGUUGCUAAAAUCAAUAAAGAAGCCAUUUAUGGUGGAGAACAGUA